GCAGAGGAAGAUGGAGAUCAAGAGAGGAUGCGAGAGAAAAGCAAAAUAGAAACCGGAAUUUGCGCCAAAACUGCACACCGCCGUGUAAGAUCCGUAAGAACAGCAGGAUGCUGCAGUGUUUGGAGAAUGAGUGACCCACAGAAGAAUGCAUAGUCAUGCAUUCAUUGUUCGUGCAUAACUAACUACUGAUGCAAAGGUUUGUGCAAAGCUAAUACGUAAGUGAUUUUAACGUGUGCAAGUUUGUGGGAACAUGCAAACUGAUAUAGGUAGAAAACAAUGCUUUUGCUUUAUUGUUUACCAUUACAGUGCAUCCGCACCGGCAUUUAGGCUUAACGAAUGUUCAUAACAGCAUUCCUUUUCUAUUUUCCUUAUUUGAUAAUAAGAAUUUAUUUCAGAAUCAAAUCUUUCACCUAAAAAUUCAUGAGUAAGAGAAAUGUUAUUAUCAGAAUAAAAAAAAAUAUUGUCGUUAUGCUUUCAUUUUAUUAAUAGCCUCUAUUUUUAAUUAAGAGUUGUAUAUUGAAUGUUAUUACAGUCUUUUUCAAAAUUUAAAAUGUACUACGUAUAAGGUUAUAUAAACGUAAAAAAAUUCUUUAAAAGCUGGGGAAAUUUUGUUGCACCGAGUCUUAAGAAAGAAAGCAUACUUGAUCACAAAUUUCGUAUUUCAUUAUUCUUUAAAUGUUUUGCAAUAAUUUCAAGAAAAUAGUUGUAUAUGCCACAAUCAGUUCUAAAGGAUUAAAAUGAAUGGAGGACAUUCUUGAAAUUUUACACGUAUCUGAAAAUCUGAAGUCAUUUCAAUAUUACCUAAACAAUUAACUAAGCAAUUCAUUUCAACAUUACGUAAAAAAAUACUUUAGGUAAUAAAAUUUGAAAAAGAAAAUUAUUUUGGAAUUUCAGUUAAUAUCGUAAAAAUUGCAGCAUUGCAAAAAUAUCAUUUCUGCUUUCUGAAAUAUUUAUCUUAAGAAAUUAACGCAAUUUUACCCUGCUCGGUAAGCUAGCAGCACAUUUUUUAAAACUAUGCCGUAAACGAAAGCCUGAAAAGGAAAAAUAAUAUUUAAAAGAAACUAUAAAGCACAGAAUUUUGGUCACAUUCCAUAUGAACUUAUUAUUCCGUGUGAGACUUCUCUUUUAAUUACUUAAAUAAAACACAAUUAUUAGAAGAAGUGGAAAACUAUUUUCAAGUUUUAAGUUCUAAUUUCCAUGUCUAUGAACUCCAUGAACUGUUUCAAGUUUUAAGUUCUAAUUGCCAUGUCUAUGAACUCCAUGAAAGCAUUUAGUAACUGAUAGGCUUGAAGCUCUAUCUAAUGGUCUAAAAUAACUAUGAAAAGGUUCUACGAAAUGUUUAGUUAAAAUAGACCCCGAAAUAACUAUUCGAAUCACUUAAUUUCAUUAUUACAUGCUCUUUGUAAAAUUUUAUAAAAAAUUGUUUUCCUCUCAAGAAUUCAAAAAAAUUUUUUUAAAAAUGAUAAUAUUAUUUUCUACUUUAAUAAAAUUUCUUUUAAAAUUGAAGCAGCGAUAAACUCCGAUUAGGUAACAGAGAAAAGUAAAAAGAAGAAUUGUAAAAAUGCAGUGUGCAUAAAAAUGUGAAUACAUAUGUGAAACAUAAAACUAAUUUUUUCGAUACCUAAAAUAAAAAAUGUCAAGGAGACAAAUUAGAAACUAAUGACGUACUUCAUUAAGUACGUUAAAAAAACAUAUAUUUGCAAACAUGAAGUAAUUUAGUCGAGAAUUCGAUGUUAGCAAUUACCAUUAACACUGAGAAAGAUAGUUUUAAGACAGCGAAAUUUUAAACGAUAUUCUAUAUUUGCAAUCAUUUUUUCGUACGAUUAUCCACGUCUGGUAUGAACCCUAAACUUAGUCUCUUGCGUUUGAAAUGGCGUUGGAAAGGAAGCGGUCCAGUCGACGUGGUCCACCGUCCAGGCAUCGGAAACGUCCACCAGAAAAUAAGUGCAAGACUUGUUGUCGACGCUUUACAGCUUUUAUGUUUUCACACGUGGGUCUGUGUGCCCUUGUGGUUGGUUACAGUAUCUUGGGAGCCUUCGCUUUCCAAGCUCUGGAGGCUCCUUACGAAGAACAGAAGGUAGAUGAAGUAAUGCACAAGAGAAUGGACACUGUCAAAAGAUUGUGGGCCAUUACAGACCAACUGAAUGUUUUGUACAAGGAGAAUUGGACGCGGCAAGUGACAGAAGAAGUGAAAAGAUUUCAAGCAGAUGUAGUGAAUGCAAUAAGAGAUGGAUAUGAUGGAAAAGAAGGAGCUAGCACUCAAUGGACAUUUUCUGGAGCCUUUCUGUACUCUUUGACAGUUAUUACUACAAUUGAUCGGGCAGCAGGACAAUACGAUAUAUAUAUAUAUAUCUAUAUUAUAUAUAAAACAUACUCCUGCAGAAUUGGAACUAUGGAUCUUCCGAUCGCUACUCGCGUGUGCUAUCUGUUACACAAAGAAAGCAUGCAGAAAUGCCUUAUACAUUUAUAUUUUUAUUAUAAAUAUCAUUAUAUUUACCUUUUCAAAGCCUUCUAUUAA